AAGAUUUGCUUAACAUUGCUUGAUUACAUAUUUAAUAGCUGUAGUAGAGAGACCCUCUAAAUCAGCUAGAGAGACUCAGCCAAACUGUUCCCAUUGUUUUUUUUUUUUUCCCAAAUUGUUAUAUUAUUAAAAACAGGGCCAAGCCCACAAAACAAAAAAACCUAACACAAAAAGCCCAAAGGAAACAUGGGUUACAAGAUUUACUGCCGAAGCCCAAAAGACAUGAAAAAGGCCUACGGCCCACAUAAAGGAAACCGGGCAGCUUGCCCGAUACGCGAGACAAGGAGGCAGGGGAUCGAGCCACGUGUAGAGAUCUGGAACAUCAGAGAGACACGCGUCGCCCGCCUCGACUUGAUCGCGACCGAGACCCAAGACCGCCGGGACUUUUCACCGACAACCCUCUCUUCGCCGGAGCUCAAAUACCGACAAGCCUCCGACGAAAACCUCACCGUUCUUCACCACUCUAUCUUCACGGCGGAGAGAUCCAUCUAACCAAAGAGAUCUCCUCCGACUUUGAAUCACAUCAAACCCUAGACAGGCUAGCCGAGAACCACCGCUCUUCUUCUCUUGAGCGUCGUCACCAUCGUUUCGCCGACGCUCGAAACAUAGAGCCACCACCGAGACCACUUUCCUUCAACCCUUCUUACCUCUCCGCGGGGAGCAUCCUCAAUCUUCUUCGAGGUCUCCUCCGACUUCAGAGAGACGCGCGUACCCACAAACAAACCCAUCAACCCGACCCGAACCUUGGGCGGACCACCACUUAAUUCCACUAGAUCCGACGACACAAGGCUAUGGAAGCCUGUGCUUCCCGGAGACAAGACCGACGAGGCGUUGCUGAAGAAGCCAAGCCACCCCCCGGAGACAUGAGCCGGCGACGAUGGAGCUUUGGUAGCCUUCAUCCCCCGGAAAAGGACUUCCGCCUCCAGACGACCGCGCCUUCCCACCAGUCUUCCAACCACCGUAGAUGUCGUUUCACUUAACGAGAUAGCGCCAACCGGACGUGGAAAUAACCAGAGCUCAGGCAAGGCAAGCCGGGAUAGGACGACGGAGAGACACGGACACAAAAGAGCGGACGGCAACACGAGAGUCUCCGACGACGGCACGCGCGCAUACGCGCCGGCCGUUCGCCGGAAACCUAGAUCUACUAUCUCUCUCCUCUCUCUCUCCUUCGGUCUCCAAUAAAGUUACAAUAUAUUGUUUUUCUGCACCCAUUGUAAAAGCCCUUUUUGUUUGUUUUAUUCCUUCCAUAAACCCUCGUCAAAGUCUCCAAACUGAUUUAGGAUUCUUCUCCAGCGAUUGGAUUCAAGUUCUAUCUCGUAACGAGUUUUAUCGCUGCUUCAUUCGAUUUUGUGUAGAAAGGCGUCAUUUUUAAAGUAAAUGGGAAGCAAAGCGAAGAUGUUCAAGUGGUCAAAAGACAUCACACCUUCACAGGUUAUCAAACUGAUGCGAGCUGAAAAAGACGUGGAGAAGCUGAUCUCUGUUUUCGAUUCCGCAACAGCAGAAUAUGCAAAUGGGUUCUUACACGACCAGAGCUCUUUCAGUUACAUGGUCUCUAGGUUGGUCUCCGCCAAUAAGUUCAAAGCAGCUGAAGACCUUGUUGCAAGAAUGAAGGUUGAGAACUGUGUUGUUAGUGAAGAUACAUUGCUUUCGAUAUGCAGAGGGUACGGUCGAGUUCACAGGCCGUUUGAUUCUUUGAGGGUAUUUCACAAGAUGAAGGAUUUUGACUGUGAUCCUAGCCACAAGGGUUACGUGACUCUUCUUGCUAUUCUCGUUGAAGAGAAUCAGCUGAAACUGGCUUUUAAGUUUUACAAGAACAUGAGAGAGAUUGGUUUGCCUCCCACCGUUGCCUCUCUCAAUGUUUUGAUCAAAGCUCUUUGUAGAAACGAGAAGACGGUGGAUGCUGGUCUUAAGAUAUUUCUUGAGAUGCCUAAACGAGGGUGUGAACCUGAUUCCUACACGUACGGAACAUUGAUUAGUGGUUUGUGUCGGUUCGGAAGGAUUGAUGAGGCGAAGAAGUUGUUUGAGGAGAUGGUUGAGAAAGACUGUUCGCCAACUGUUGUUACCUAUACUUCUAUGAUCCACGGGUUGUGUGGAUCGAAAAACGUUGAGGAGGCAAUGAGAUAUCUAGAAGAGAUGAGGAGAAAAGGCAUUGAGCCGAAUGUUUUCACUUACAGUUCUUUAAUGGACGGUCUUUGCAAAGAUGGGAGACCUUUGCAAGCCAUGGAGUUGUUUGAGACGAUGAUGGCUAAAGGAUGCAGGCCAAACAUGGUAACCUAUAGCACUUUGAUCACUGGUCUCUGCAAGGAGAAGAAGAUUCAAGAAGCCGUUGAGCUUUUAGAUAGAAUGAAUCUUCAGGGUUUGAAACCUGAUGCUGGAUUAUACGGGAAAGUAAUCAGUGGGUUCUGUAAUGUCAGUAAGUUUCGUGAAGCUGCCAAUUUUCUCGACGAGAUGAUUUUAGGAGGAAUAACUCCAAAUCGUUUGACUUGGAACAUCCAUGUUAAGACAAGUAAUGAAGUAGUCCGAGGUCUUUGUGCCAGCUAUCCAACUCGCGCGUUUACUCUUUAUCUAAGCAUGAGGAGUAGAGGCAUCUCUGUUGAGGUUGAGACACUAGACUCUUUGGUUAAGUGUUUGUGCAAAAAGGGUGAGUUUCAGAAAGCUGUUCAGUUAGUUAAUGAGAUAGUGGCUGAUGGGUGUAUCCCAAAUAAAGGAACAUGGAAGGUACUAAUAGGUCACACAUUGGAUAAAACGAUUGUAGGAGAAGCUUCAGAAUCUCUUCUCAGAGAUUUGGAGAUCUAAAUACAAGAAAGAUUAGAUGAAGACAGCUGAAACAAACAAGUCGAAGAUAUUACAUUUAGAAUCAGAACAUCAUUUAGCAAUGGGCAGAGAGUGGAAAGCCAAUUCCAUGGCGUGUAGUAGGAAAUGUAGCAAACAUCAUACUGCAAAAGACUCCUAUGGCUACGGGCAAAGCUGUGAGAAGCUCUGCUACUUCAGCUGAUGGUUUGGGGAAGAAACAGCUGACCACAUUAUGAUCAAACAUAACCACGGCUCCAAACACUAGAAGCGUCAUAAAGGCAUGUGCGAAGUCUAUAAACUGUAGUCUGUAGCUUUUGGAACGUUCUUUAGGAAGAACAGCUUUGCCAUCGAUUAUCCAGAGGCCGUUGGUCGUGGCGAAUCCAUAGCAGACAGUUCCAUUCAAGUCCCUGUAAGAGUCAGUGAAGCUGAGUAUGAAGCAAGUGAAUGCGCAGAUGGAAACCAGCAUUUCUGUCAUGUAUCUGCUAGCGAAAUCGCAGCGUCCACCGUUAGUGAGAACUGGUGAUAAGACCUGGUACGCGAGAGCUGUCCCUGUGGGUAAGUGGUUAGCUAGAUGAGCUGUGGUCUGAAAAGUCUGACCUAUUGCCUUGUGUAUCCAGUUGUUCCUUUCGACUUCAGGAAAUUCUUGAGCUUUCAAGAGUGGAGCUUUCUCUUCUUUGAUGGCGCCACCAGCACCAUUGACCCCAGCUUCUUCAUCUACCUUAGUCUCCAUGACACUCUCCAACUCUGUUUCUUUUUUUUUCUUAGGUGCUUUGUUGUUUCUCUGUGUGAGCAAAUGUGCGAGUCUAAUAUAACAGUGGCUGCUUAGUUAUGCAUAGCAAGGAAGCAAACCUAAGUGUCUGUUUAAGUGAAGUGUAAACUUUGCUUUUGUUGUCUAUUAUUUACACAGGAUUGUAGUUUUCAGUUUUGGUUUGCAUCA